UGUCCAGUGUCAUCAGUGGUAUGUACUGAAAUAAUAAUGAAUGGGAGACUGGUGCAUUGGGUUCCCAUAAAAAAUUGUUUAGAUUUAUCACAGGCUGUCACCUCCUAAGAGGAGAGGGCAAGAGCGAGAUUAGGUCAGCGAGAGGGAGAAAGUGAGAGCACAGAGAGAGCAGCAGCAAAGGCUCUUAGUGAUCUAAGCUGCUCUUUGGUAUCUGAGCUUAGACUGGAAAGGCAACUCUUGCAAGCAGCAGCAGCUUUCACAGUAUCCUGGGGAGGAAGGGAAUCAAGGAGAAGACAGAACUGUAGGAGGAAGACACAAUAUACAGGAGAAUCCACUAAGCUGUAGAGCUGACCUCCAGAAUGACAAUGGAAAGCCGGAGGGCAGUGAAACCCCGUAAGAAAUCUGCCAUCCCAGGGGAGACCAUCAAGCAGUUUGUUGAAGUUAUUCCAAAAGGAUGUAGCACGCCUGACUUUGAGCGAAAACCCAUCACCCUAACAUUACAGGAAGUUAGUUUCAAGAAAACAAGAAAACCAUUCCCCACUGAGCCUCAGGAGGACCUGAAGAAAGAGUUGCAGGACUUCAGGAAAAUGUUAAGGAAGCGGUGAGUGGCCCCGGGGCAGGACCAGUGUCAUAAAAGAGGCUUGUUUAGCCUUUGUGGCAGGGGUGACUAUCCACCCUUCACAGACCAUCCAGGCAACACUACCUGCUUCUGCUUGCUUGGAGUCACCACUUGGAAAGUGCUCUGCUACUGGCUCUGGGGCUGAGGUGCCAGUGCUCUCCAGCAGGAGGCAUCUACAGGGUUGUGCUGCUGAUACUGUCUUGUAUCACAAAGUUUGCCUUGAGGGAUCUGUGUCUCUUCUGCUCCUGCAUUUUAGCUCACACUGAACUUAUUGGGGAAAUGGCUGAAAAAGGGUACAGAGACACGUGGCAUGUAUCUCAACAGUAACACCUCUGGCCAAUUAAGGAGCAGCAUCAAUGUGUCUCAGAAAGAGUCCCAUCCGGUCUAGUCUUCAUUUG